AUGUGCACCUCAAGCCAAAGAACCUCCUCUUCCUCAGAAUCCUCCCAACAAUACUUCUCCACCCCCUCCACCUCUUCAAAAUCAAACCCGACCUCAUCUUCCUCAAACUCCUCCCAACAAUACCUCUCCACCCCCUCCACCUCUUCAAAAUCAAAUCCGACCUCAUCUUCCACCUCUCGAAAAGUCUACCAUGGCUCACACACCUCUCACCAUUAUUCAUCCUCGUCUACAUCGUCUGGAUCCCAUGAGGGACCAGCAGAUCAAAGAUAUCAGGGUGAAUCCAUCACGCGCUACGAGAACGAACCGAGGGAUUACAAAUCUUGGGCUGUGGAGGAAUACGAUACGCAUCAGCAGCAAGCGAGGGAGGAACAUUGUGAUGAUAUGGGGAAGGAUGUCGAGGGUGUGAAAUGGGCAUGUUGA